AUGUGUUUAAGGCUGCUGUCCAACGAUGUCUCGAAUGAUGAGAGAGACAUCUUCAGUGUCUGCGUCAACGCCGCCGCUCACAAAUUCCUAAUGACUGUUCUCAUGAUUGGGGAGCACGAUGACGAGCUCACCGACCAUCUGCGACUUCGGUCUGUCGAAUAUAAACGCACCGCACAGGCAGCGUUAGAGCGCAUUCGACUCACGAUCACUCCUUCCUUCUCACUUCUUCAGGCCCUUCUUUGCGGGGUUUUCCUCCAUCAAGGCUCUGGCAACACCCACUUUUGCUAUGAACUGACUCGGACUGCUUGUCGGAUAGCCACUGACCUAGGAUUCGAUAAGGCGAGUCCUGACUCGGAGCGGAAACCCAGGACAGAGGAGGAAGUCUUCUGCGCUCUUUGGUGUUAUAUGCUAGAUAAGAAUUACGCGUGGAAGUUCGAACCUUCGCGAACCUUCUUCGAGAUCGAGCCCGGGAUGCUUGACGAUUAUGUUCACGACACAACCGCCGAUCUUCUGGCAAUCUAUAUUGCCAUGGCCCGAGUACAGGAUGACACAUUAUCAUUACUCAAGAACAUCCUGUCGAGCGCCUCACAUUCAGUGCCACUUGCCACGCGCUGUUCCGUCGAAUCGCUAUUACAGAGAGUGGAUGAGAUUGAGCAACAAAUUGAGCAGAUAUCUGCGUCUUCGGCGCAAAGUUGGAUGGGCCUUGAUGCUGAGAACGAGAUUGCUGCCAUUCGCUUCGCGCACCACUCCAUCCGAACCACGAUUCUCUAUCUCUCUGACCAAUUUCAAGGGCGGGCCUUUGGGUCGGGAGACUUGCUCCUCCAAUCUGCUCGUCAAGAGCUAUCGUCACUGUUGUCUAUAUGCCUAAUCAACGAGAAAGACCGUGCCAUCGGCUUCCUCCAUUGGACAUUGACUUUUUACCCCUUGACCGCGUGUUUCGUCUUGUUCUGCAACGCCGUGACGACGUCAAAUCUGGGAGAUAUAAACCUUCUCAAGACUGUGGCGACGGUUCUUUUGCCCAGUAUCUCGAGUAGUCAUCACGUCACGGUCAUACAACGUCUCUUUGAGGAAUUCAUUGCCCUCUCGCAGUCGCUUUUCUCUGACAUGGAGAGCCGCGGGGGCAAUGCGGCCGAAGUCAGGGACGCCUCCACGCUUACCCAGGUGCGACCUUCGCAGCCUCACAACCAAACUUUUCAUGCGGGCGACCCUGCCUCCAUCGCUCAUCAUCCUGGGACACUCGUUUGGGCCGACACAACGACCAAUUCUUUCCCGUCCGAUCUGUCGGAAACAUGGACCCCAAAUGAGAGGGAGAGCCACCCUGCCUUUAUGGACCCGUCGAUCACAAUUCCCUUGGACUUCGAGUUCCCAGCCGAGUUCGCUGAUUUCAUGCCUGUCACUUGUGCUCAGUGA